AUGUGGGCUCUGUUCAUCCCAAUGGGAGUUGUGCGGCGUACGGGGAGCCGCUCAGUUGCCAGUUUAAUACCUAUGCUUCAAAAGUUCUCCUUUUGUAAUCAAGGAAGCAGAAAAGGUAGCACAGCAGCCAGAACAAGAGGACCUCUUCAUUUAAGACGAGCAUACUCUACUUCUCAUACAGUGGAUCCUAUUGAGCUGAAGAAAUUUCAGACUUGGUCAGCAAAAUGGUGGGAUGAGGAAGGAGUAUACAAAGCUCUCCAUGCCAUGAAUGAUAUUCGUGUACCCUUUGUAAGAGAUGUUCUUAUGAGCAAAAGCUAUGAUCAUGAUGUUGGGUGCCCUCUGUUUGGCAUAAAAAUCCUUGAUGUUGGCUGUGGUGGAGGACUUUUAACUGAGCCACUUGGAAGACUAGGUGCUGCAGUUAUGGGAAUUGACCCCUUAGAAGAUAAUAUUAGAACUGCAAUACUUCACAAGUCUGCUGAUCCUGCCUUAGACAAGCUUAUCCAAUACAAGCCUUGCACACUGGAAGAGGUUGCAGAACAGACUGUUGAAUCUUUUGAUGCCGUUGUGGCUUCAGAAGUUGUAGAACAUGUGAAUAAUCCUGAGGCCUUCAUCCAAAGCUGUUUUCAUGUACUGAAGCCAGGUGGCUCACUGUUUAUCACGACAAUUAAUAAAACCAAGAUAUCCUAUGUUCUUGGCAUAGUGCUAGCAGAAAAGGUCAUGUCCAUUGUUCCAGAAGGUACUCAUGAUUGGGACAAGUUUAUCCCACCUGAAGAGCUUGAAAGACUACUUGAAUCAAAUGGUUUUGUGGUAGAUACACUGAAAGGAAUGCUGUACAACCCCUUCAUGGGAUCCUGGAGAUGGUUUGAUGACACAAGCCUUAACUAUGCGGUUCAUGCAUUGAAGACUGUGCGCCAAGAACAGACCUCAGAUAGAGACUUUGAAAAAGAACAGGAUGUGCCUAAGGCUGCAGAAGCAUCUAUAUAA